AUGGAUACCGGGACUCCCGAUGUGGUCUUGAGUCUAUAUGAAAGACUGAGGUCCGAAAAGUUAAUGGUUAGUAAUGAAAUAGAGAUUCUCAGAGACAUGAACAAAGUUUUCGCAGACAAUCUGGCGCAUCUAGAAGAGCAAAUAUGGAUUACGCAGCAAGAAAAGGUACCUACAAUCAGUUUGAAGCAUUUAAAUCUAGGGUAUCUGGAAGCGGUUCAAAUAUUCAGACCCUUCCGUGCAUCCGGAGAAUGUCGGCCGCCUUUUAAAGUCGCUACAAGCCACUAAAUUUAUUCUUGGCCAUAGAGUCCUCAACCAUAAUGCCUCGUUGAUAACAGAGAUAUUGAGAACUUAUUAUCAACAUCCAAGAGCUCUCGCUGAAUGUCUAAAUUCUGUGGAAGUUUCGGUAAAUAAAAACAUGGUUGCGGUAUCCGUAGAUGAUGUUUGUCGUUGUGUCUUCAAUGUGAUUUUUGGAGCGUCGAUACUUCCAAUGGAUGAGAAGACUCUGUUGGAAGUUCUUGCCAACCUGAUCUCACUUCAAUUGACAUCCAAAUCGGAUCCGAGAAGAUACCUUAGGAAAGGAGCCAGUGUCUUUUGUAAAAUGUACAGUUUAUUUUCGGAGCAACUUUUCUCUGCUAAGGUAUGUGCUAAUGGAUAUUAUUUAUCUUUUUAGGUAUUCUUGACAGCUGCACUUCAUGAGCCAAUAAUGACAUUACUAAGUCAAGAUGAGACUUUUCUUGAUGUAGAUCCUUCGAAAAGUCCGAUCAGGUUAACUCCAGAGGAAAGAAAAAGGAGAUUUGGACUUGAUGAAAAUUCAGCACAAUAUAAGGAAAAGCAAGCUUCUUAUCGGCGAUCAAUUGUCGAGAAACUGUUUAGAAUAAGUCUUCAGUUUGUGAAAAGUAUGUUUUACCGCUUUUCAAGGAUUUGUUACGUCAAUAUUCUAUGUGAAAUCGGAUUUUUAGGUAUACAACAAGCGGUUUGUUGCUUUCCUGCAAGUCUAAUAUGGUUGGUUCGUCAACUAAAAGCUAGUUUAUUGGAUCGAAAGCGAGUGAAUAAAGAAGAAGUAAGUCUUUUAUAUAAGGAUGGUGACGUACACAUCAAAUCUUGUGUCGUGGCCAGAAACUGCGAUCUCUUGUCUGUUAGGCCUCUAGACAAGAAAUGCGCGAUUCUUGUCUGACAGGGGAAGUACUCCAAGUGCGACGGUCAGAUUUUGAUGACACUUGGCACAAAUUUAGAAUAAUUUUUUCUAAGAUAUAUGCGAGAAUCCUAGCUCGCGCUUUGCAGAAACAACCUUUUAGAUCGAAAGUCGGCGAAAAUUUAGGACUUUUUGCCGAAUUUUGGCACGAAAGGUUUCAUGCCUAUUUCAACCGUAAAGGAUAAUGUUUCUACAAAAAAUCAAAUUUUUCCGCACGAAACUGCCAAAUUUAUGGCCAAAAAGCGCUUUUCUCUCUGACCGUUCUCCACGUUUAGCAUGCUCUCUCGGCGGCAAAAAUCGUUCGAUAUCUCGGCGGCGCCCGCAAAGCGCGAGCUAAAACUUUCAGGAAUUGAUAUUUAGUCCAUACCCGACGUGUGUGCAAAAUUUAAAGAAAAUCUGAGCGUCGCAUUUGGAGUACUUCCCCUGUGAGCAGAGAAAAAAGAAAAAAAUCUUCACGGAGAGAGAGCAGAAAUUUGCGCAAUGUUACGCAAUUUGAGGCAAGGUUUCUGGCCACGACACCCGAUUUGAUGUGUAUGUAACCAUCCUUACAUAUAUUUUUGCGUAUCUCCUUAGGCUGAGUUAAUCUGCACGGAUCUAAUAUUUACCAACUUUAUUUGCCCGGCGAUGAUAAACCCAGAACCUCAUGGCAUCAUAUCUGAUACGCCCAUUGGUCAUGUCGCUCGUUUCAAUCUGAUGCAAGUUGGCCAGAUCAUCCAAUCUUUGGCCUUGUGCCCAUAUGAGGAACAACCUGCUUAUAUGAAUGGAAUUCUCCAGAUGUUUUCUGAUAAUCCAAUGCCGGAGUUCGUCAAGAAUAUCUUAAAAUACGAUGUCAUGAGCUUAGGUCUUAUGUUUCCGGUGGUUGUGAAGAAUGAUGAAGGACAAGAAUUAUAUAAUCGUCGUAAUUUCCUCGGAACGAUCGAGGAGAUUCAGCUUAUGGUAAGUAUUAAUUUAUUUUAUGUUUCAUUGUUUAGGCCGAUUGUCUAAAAGGGAAUGUCGAUGCAAUUUCUGAUGAAACUACCAGAAAUAAAUUAAAACAACUUGCGAAAAGAUUACCUGAUGAUCUCGCUUCUUGUAAAGCAUCCAGGGAAGAUUUUGGAACUCCCAAGGCUCCGUUACCUCGAAGUUCCUCUGGUCGGCUUCGUAUUUUUGCUGAUAAAGUCCAAACUGUGGCCAAGACUCAGCAUCAAAAGUUACUUACUAACCUCCCCGGAAGCAAUGGAAUAAAUGAAGAGAAAAUGGAAAAUAUUGUAGAAGAAGUCCUGGAGGUUCUGGUGUUUGAAUUUAGCAAUGGAUUUGUUCCUAUCGGGAUGGAGCCUGAGGAAAAGAUCAUGAACAACGCAAAGACAAAGGCCGAGAAAAAAUUUAAUAGUUCGGAAAGCUUGAUAGAGAAGAAAACGAGGUUCAAAACAACUGAAAGUGUCGUGUCUGAUCAUACUGGGACUACGGAUGCCCCGAGUGACGAUGAGGAAAUUGACGAGGCCGAAGGUGGUGGAUCGUUGUGUUCUUCGAUGAACGACAAUAUGGCUGAUGAAGAAGAUGAUGAGGAUGAUGAUCCGGAAGAAGUCAGCACCCUCCCCGACAACUUCAGUGACAUGGUCCCGAUUAGUGCCAAUGUCUCCGGAAGAGGUUCUCCAAGUCUGAGUGGGGGAAGAGAGACUCCUUUCUCAAUGGGCGGCGGUGCCCCUCCACCAGAUCAGUCGGUAACCUCUAUGACAGUCAAUGAUGUCAACGCGAACAGCAGCAGAAGCCUACCGAGGCUUCCGGUAACCGUCAGAAAACAAAAUGCGGAAGGGCUUGAGGAAAAGUUUGGAAAAUUCGGACUGCCCGCUCACGAUGUGGGUCGAAAUCGUAAGUGGUUAGCUUUCUUCGAAUAUUCGAGUUCAGGAGAUGAAACCUAUUCACUGGUCAGUGACAGCUGGUCUACGGAUGUUGUGGCCUCGGACAAUGAAGGAUUAAACGAUCAAAAGCAAGAACAAUCUCUGGGACCUUUGCCUCCGCCUAUUCCACCUCGUUUACACGAGAGUCAAUCAACAGGACAGAUCAUCGACAUUGGGGAUAACAAUGUAAAUCAGCCUGGUCCAAGUGGGUUUGCCCCAUUGCCCCCGUUGCCAGCUCCGGUUUCCUUGAGUUUAAGUGAUCGUGAGAGGAUUGCCGAUGACAUCUUGAACAAGUACCGAUCUCCUGUUACUCCUAGUUCUUCUUCAGGACCUCUUUUUCGACCAGCGGAGAUCAGACAUGUACACAUUGAAAAUUUUUUUAACCUGUCUUCUUAGUUUGACUUUUGAAGAUAAUAUUUCAGGAUGCCGAUGAACCUUCCAUGCCUUACUUUGAUUCCAGCAAUAUCACAAAGUGCAAGGCGUUUGCAGAUGCCAAGAGGAAGAUCCGCCUUGUUCUCAGUUCCGCUGAGAACAUUCCGACCAACGUUACUUCUAAGUAUUCCACCAUUAACACCAAUUUAAAUGUCGUUAACAAUGAUAAUGACUCCAGGUGAUUCCGAUGUUACAAGCUUUAUUUUUGCAGUGUAACCAGAUUGGACGAAUUCCUCCGCUUUUUGUUGGCUGAAUCUAUCAACAACCAAAACAGAACCCUCACUGCCCAGAUUCGAGAAGUUCGAAGAUGCCUCUCUGUGUUCGAUAGUCGGGGGAUCAGAAAGUUGUUCAGAACUUUGAGAGAUGAACACCGAAGACGAACUAGUUAUCUAAUGUACCUUCAACAAUCUCGGCUCUCUCUCCUUCAACUCAAUUCUUAUUUGAAAAAACUUUUGAUGAGGAUCGAGAAGGAGAAGAAGGUGAUGGGCGAUUGCUUGGUGGAUCUUCUGGUUCGAUAUUAUCUGGAGCGAAAAGAAAAGUUUAUCAAAAAAUUUAUCACUGACUUUAGGAGGCUGAAGGUUCAGGUAUGUAUAAAAUUAAUCCGUUAAAAAUUGUUGUAGGACGAAAGAAUGUACGCGGUGGAGAGAACACUGGAUAGUCUGUUCGAGCAGAUUUGCUCAGAACAAAUCUGGAGAGAUUUCAGCCCCGAUAUGAUCAAUGCCAUCAAGAAGAAUAUGGAUCGAAAUCUGAUGGGGCAGAUAUAUGGAGCGGCCUUGUACCCAAAUACGGAUGCGGACAUUUACAGAGAUGAGUAAGUGGAUUCUUUUCGGAUUGUAAUUGUAAUUCAGUGUCUUUUUCAAAUCCCUCAAAACGAUCUCUCAUUCCAUUACACCAGAUCAUCCAGAACUCGGAAUCCCAAAAAAAUAUCAUGGAGAAUGUCCUUGGCCCUCUGCCCAAGCCGAAGUGGCCAUAAUAAAUGCUUAUAAAGCUCCUCGAGACAAGUUGGCUUGUGUGAUGAGAUGCUGUCAAACGAUUGAAAGCCUGAUCCGUCUAGCUUCUGGACGGAAUGUGGCCUCGGCGGAUGAUAUCACUCCCGUCCUCGUCUAUGUUCUCCUUCAGGCCAAUCCACCCGCUCUUCUUUCCAAUAUCCAAUACAUUUCUAGUUUCUAUGGGUCACGGAUUGAAGGCGAGGAAGCGUAUUGGUGGACUCAGUUUGUAUCAGCUGUGGAAUUCUUGAAACAACUGUGUAAUAAGCAUUGA